AUGUCAAAGGAAAUCUCAAGCAGUGUUAUUCACUGCAAAGAAGCGAGAGAUAUGUGGACUGAGAUUCAGGAGCGGUUCUCUCAUACGAAUACAGUUCAACUAUUUAAUAUAGAGAAUGCUAUUCAUGACUGCGAACAAGGUGCAAAUUCAGUUACAGCAUUUUUCACAAAACUUAAAAGUCUUUGGGAUGAAAAGGAUGCCCUUUGUACUUUUCCACCAUGCCAAUGUGAAGCAGCUGCUAAAGUCAAAGCCUAUCUAGAAACACAGAAGACUAUGAAGUUUCUGAUGGGACUUGGUGAGAGCUAUGCAACCAUUCGAAGUAAUGUAAUUGGAAUGGAUCCACUUCCAAAUGUAAACAAGGCUUAUGCCAUGGCCUUGCGUAAUGAGAAACAGGCAGAGGUCUCUAAUGGGAAGACAAUUGCACCACCACCUGAAGCGUCCACUCAUCGUGCUACUAAUUCAACAGAAGGAGAGAAGAAAUGUGAAAAGUGCAACAUGACAAACCAUAGCACGAAAAAUUGCAGGGCACAUCUCAAAUGCAUCUAUUGUAAUGGCAAGGGGCAUACCUACGAAUAUUGUCGUAGGAGGAAAAAUGCAAUGGAAGGAGGGCAACAAGCAAGGGCCAACCAUGUAGCUUCUUCAAGUGACAACAAAGAAGGGAUGACAACCUUUCCCUUUUCCCAAGAGGAGUGUAAUCAAAUGCUUGGUCUUCUGAGCAAAUUUAAGACCGUUGCUAGCAACCAAGAUGAUUAUCACCAAAUGCUAGGAGCCUUGAACAAGCCUAACUCAUCUGCAGUCAACCUUGUUGGUAAUGUUCCUAAUUAUGAGGAACUUUCAGGUAAAAGUUUCAAUGUUCCUCGUUGCUAA